CCGAUAGCCCCUAAACGCAACAGCGCCACAGACGUGGCCGUGGUGCGACUGCUGCGUUCAAGUAGUACAGUGUCCCGUCUGGAGGCAGAGAGGGCGAAGUUUUGCUCUGCAUUGCAGCCCGAGUGCUGCUGCCGGAAUCCAACACAACAAUGGCGACUCCCAGUUCUGACAGCAACUCCACAAGCUCUAGCAACAGCACCCUAGGAUCGACGUCGCACCAACUUCACCAGCAGAUACAGAGCAGCAGCAUGCAAGAAACCAACACCUGCUGGAGAUGUCAAAAUGAAACAGGGUUUCAGAUAAGCCUGUCUGGAGUUUCCCAAAGUAAACGCAAAGCCCUGAAGCUGAACUUCGCCAACCCUCCAGUGAAACCCACCUCCAGGCUCCCGAUCAAUCCGAUGGCUCCCUCUUUCCAGAACCCCCACAUAGAGCGCCUGCGGACACACAGUAUCGAGUCGUCGGGGAAGCUGAAGAUCUCGCCAGAGCAGCAUUGCGACUUCACUGCGGAGGAUCUGGGAGAUCUUGGGGAGAUUGGUCGCGGAGCAUACGGCUCUGUGAACAAGAUGGUCCACAAACCCACGGGCCAGAUCAUGGCUGUGAAGAGGAUUCGCUCCACUGUGGAUGAGAAGGAGCAGAAGCAGCUGCUGAUGGAUCUUGACGUGGUGAUGAGGAGUAGUGACUGUCCAUACAUUGUUCAGUUCUACGGCGCCCUCUUCAGAGAGGGAGAUUGCUGGAUUUGUAUGGAGCUUAUGUCUACCUCAUUAGACAAAUUCUACAAAUAUGUAUAUUCUGCAUCAGAUGACGUCAUUCCAGAGGAAAUAUUAGGCAAAAUAACAUUAGCGACCGUUAAAGCACUGAACCACUUAAAAGAAAACUUGAAAAUAAUUCACAGAGACAUCAAACCUUCCAACAUUCUAAUGGACCGAAAGGGUAAUAUCAAGCUGUGUGAUUUUGGUAUCAGCGGGCAGCUGGUGGACUCCAUAGCUAAAACCAGGGAUGCAGGCUGCAGGCCCUACAUGGCACCUGAGAGGAUCGACCCCAGUGCGUCUAGACAAGGCUAUGAUGUCCGAUCUGAUGUGUGGAGCUUGGGCAUUACCCUGUAUGAGCUAGCCACUGGAAGAUUUCCUUAUCCCAAGUGGAAUAGUGUAUUUGAUCAGCUGACGCAAGUGGUGAAAGGAGAACCCCCUCAGCUCAGCAACUCCGAGGAGAGACAGUUCUCCCCCAAGUUCAUCAACUUUGUUAAUCUAUGCCUUACAAAGGAUGAAUCAAAAAGGCCAAAGUACAGAGAGCUUCUGAAACACUCCUUCAUUCUGAUGUAUGAGGAGCGUUAUGUGGAUGUCGCCAUCUACGUGUGCCGCAUCCUGGAUCAAAUCCCUGCCUCGCCCAUCUCCCCCAUGUACGUGGACUGACUGCGCUAGGCUGGCGGGUCGGCAGCAGGAGGUUACCCAACGUGCAGUGGGUCGACACUAAGCUUUGUGAUGCAGCACUUGACAUCUUAGCCCUUAAAGAUAUCUAAUGAUUAUUCAUGUUCCAAAGAACAAAGGAAUCGUUUCCAAAAAAAAAAAACAGUGCAAUGAGAGUAUUGCUAACCCUUUACCUUCCAUUACCACGUUUAAAGUCAGACAAACCUAAAAUAUUAAUGUUCAUCUUCAGCCAGAGAAACAUUCUUAGUAAAAUGCAAUGCAUACUUUUACGUGAGAUAAAGUUUAUUUAUAUAUAUAUAUAUAUAUAUAUAUAUAUAUUUAUAUAUAUAUAUAUAUAUAUAUAUAUAUAUAUAUAUAUAUAUAUAUAUAUAUAUAUAUAUAUAUAUAUAUAUUUCUCAUUGUACACUAAUACAGACUCUACCAAAUAAAAUGUUGAACACUGAUGCUCAUGAUGUAUGAACAAAAACAUCCACCUAUUGGAUUGUAUAUUGUGGACUGUAUGUAUGCAUAUGUGUGUUCACCUUCAGCAUGUACAGAUGUAUACUGGUAGACCUGCUCUCUAAACACGCACACACAGUCUUUACAUAUAAGUUGUUGAGCACCUUCACUCAUGGUAAAGGGAUGAGUAUGCAAAUGUUCUCUCUGGGAAGCUCAUGGAUACGGUAGCGUGGCUUUAGUGCUUCCUUUUCAGUUUUCAGCGUGCAAUCCGUGAGCGUUAUUUUUAUCGACACGCGGUGGGGGAGGCUGUACGUUUCCCGCGUUCCACGGCUAGCUCUAGCUUGUACAUCCGUUCUUGUAAAUCUGAUCUACUAAAACCCAGAGGUGGCACACUUUGCCGUUUUUAAAGGACGUUUCUGUUCAUCCAGAUAAAAGGAAGAUUUACAUGGCAAAUUAAAGAUGGAUUUAAAUGUCUGUUGCGCCUCUCAACACUGUUCCGAACUCAACCUUUUUGAAAUUACGAGCCACUUUGCUUGUUACUCACGACACAAGAAAUGUAAGUUAGAAUAUGCCAAAUAAUAUAACCCCCCACCCCAAAUGGAAAAAAGAUUAGUACCUCUGGUAAUGUUAGCAUGUUUAUUCAGCAAUGGAACUGCACCAUGGUUGUUAAAUGUCUUUAAUAUGCUGCUGGAUAGUUUUUAAUUUAGAUUCUUGGAAAAUACUUUUCAGUGAUUAGUGGUAAAUGGACUUCUGGGUUUUUAGAAUGAAAAUUAUGUUUGUUUUUUAGACUUAAAUAUAAGAAAUGACAAACUGGGGCUCAGUCUUUGCUUAACUGCCUGAUGAUGUGAAGUUACUUUUGGACAUUAUGUCCCACAAUGUAAAUGUAUAUGUAAAUAGUCCAUCUAAUGUGCUGUUCCUGGCAGGUUCUGUUUAACAGUUGAGGCUCAUUUUCUAAACAGACAUCAUCAAAUGAGUCGGUGAGGUUAGCGUCGGCCCAUAUGCUUCAGUUUGUCAAUGAGCCUUAAUGCCUGUCAUAGCACUGUACAGUUAAACUGAUCACAGGUUCACCAAGCUGCCGCACAGAGGCAAACCACGAGUCACAUUGUUAAGUGUCCACCAACCACACGAUUGUCAGGCGAGGAGGACGGGCUCGGCUCCCUGACCCCUAAGGUCAUUAGGAACUCAGCAAGCUAAACCACUCGCCACCUUUGGGGUGCGAGGGGUUCGGGGGCAGCCCUAUAACUAACUGGAACACUGGAGACUCUUGCAGAUAUUUACCUUUUAAAGUGGCAUAAUUUAUCUGUAACAUAGGCAUCAAAUUGGAACAUAGCUCCUCUUGCGCUUGUUAUGAGGUGAAGCAAUAAAACUAACUUGCUGACUUACUUAUGGAGGCUGAAACAUUACAACCAUGGUGGUGGUGGAGAUGCAGGCGUUUUAGUGCAGGCCCCAGAUCUCCACAUCUCACGGAAUGGUUCCAGGAAGCUGACUUACCACUGAUGACUACAAAUCUCCAUGUACACGCUGUACAAAUUGCAAUUAACUAGAAUGUUCAUAUUAGGAUAUAAGAUAAGAUUAAAGGCAAUGAAUAUUAUAUUGUAUCUUUAUCGAGGACUACAAAUAAAGUUCCCAUGGAAAGAUUAAAA